GCCUUCUUCAAUCUUCAAACGUUGUAUCCAAAUCUUAAACUCCAUGGAUCCGUGCUCUUUCGUACGGAUCAUCGUCGGAAACUUGGCCGUUAGGUUUCCGUCAUCGUCUUCUUCGUCUUCUUCCUCAUCAGGACCGUCUGUUUCCGGAAUCAAUCCAUCGGCUCCUAACUGUUACUGCAAAAUCAGAUUCAAGAACUUUCCUCGCGAGAUUGUUUCUAUUCCGGUUAUGUUUCGAACUGAAUCUGAAUCCGAGACUCGUUCUUCCUCCGGUAACGUCUCCACCGUCGCUGCUUGUUUCAGUUUAAGUAAAGCUCAGAUCGAAGCGUCGCUGAAGAAACCUAAGUGGGGUGUUCUCUCCGUUGAGGCUUAUUCCCGCGGAAAUUGCGACGGAGACGACGGUGUUAGCGGCGCGUCGUGUGGACUCGCUACGGCGGGUGAGAAGUUGCUUGGUCGAUUUGAGGUUUCGUUGGAUUUGAAGUCGGCGGAGACGAAGACUUGUUUGGCGCAUAACGGUUGGGUUGCUUUACCGUCUAAGAAAUCGAAGAGUAAAACUGGAUCCGAUCCGGAGCUCCAUGUUAGCGUUCGGGUCGAACCUGACCCGAGAUUUGUGUUUCAGUUCGACGGCGAGCCUGAGUGUAGUCCUCAGGUUUUUCAAGUUCAAGGAAACACUAAACAAGCCGUGUUCACUUGCAAGUUCGGCUCCAGAAACUCCAACUCCGGUGAUCGGAAUCUUCUUCAUAGUUCUUCGAUGAUGUCUGAGUCAAGCUCAACGAGAAGUUGUAUAUCGUCGCUGAAUUCGGAAAAAGAACAACCGUCAAAAGAGAGAAAAGGUUGGUCAAUAACGGUCCAUGAUCUCUCCGGUUCACCCGUGGCUAUGGCCUCUAUGGUUACACCUUUCGUUCCAUCUCCUGGUUCGAACCGGGUGACUCGAUCAAGUCCUGGAGCGUGGCUUAUUCUUCGACCUGACGGUUGCACAUGGAAGCCAUGGGGAAGACUAGAGGCAUGGCGUGAAGUCGGUUACUCCGACACACUCGGUUACCGUUUCGAGCUUUUCCAAGACGGUAUCGCCACCGCAGUUUCCGCAUCUUCGUCGAUCAGUUUGAAAAAUGGCGGGAGUUUCGUUAUCGAUGUUACCGGCGGGACAACCACGACGGCGUCUACGCCGACAACGAGUCCUCAAGGAAGCUGGGAUCUCGGAUCCGGUUCAAGCGCGGAUUCGAGACCCGCGUCGAGACCAGGAUCGGGCUCCGGGUCGGAUUUCGGAUAUUUACUACCGCAACAUCCAUCGUCUGCGGCGGCGCAAAACAGAGGGUUCGUUAUGUCGGCUACGGUUGAAGGAGUUGGGAAACGAAGCAAACCGGAAGUAGAAGUCGGUGUGACGCACGUGACAUGUACGGAGGAUGCAGCAGCGCACGUGGCAUUAGCUGCGGCGGUGGAUCUGAGUUUGGAUGCUUGCAGGCUUUUCUCACACAAGCUAAGGAAAGAGCUGAGACAGCAAAGCCAGCUUGGUGUCGUUUGACUUGUUUCGCUUUGUCGUUUUACCAAUUCAUGAGUUGUCUU